AUCACGAACGGCAGCUUCGGCAACUCGAUCGAAGAUCUCGGUCGGUCGAUCAGCGCAGCAGACCAUGGCGAGCUGGCCGCAGUUAUCAGCGAAAGCCGCGGCGGACGGGCACCGAUGCGACAUCGACUUGGAUCUCAAACCCCGUUGGGACGACGGGGCCACGACCUAUCUCAUUCGCUUCGACCUCUCAGGAUUCAAGAAGGACGAGUUCAAGGUGCUCGUGGACGCCGGCGGCAGGCUGACCCUCCGCGGCCAGCGCCCCUCCGGACACGUGCGGGUCAACAAGGCGCUCCAGCUGCCUCCUACGGCGGACUUCGACAAGAUCGCCGCCCGGUUCGACGGCAGAAUGCUCUGCCUCACCGUGCCUAAACUGCCGGUUGCCGAAAUGGCGCUGGCGAGGAUGGACGAAGCGAAAGAGCUGGCCGCGUGGGAGACGGAGGCGGAGAAAGAGCGAUCCGAAUGGGACCGGGGGCAGGUGAUCGCGGCUGCCGUCGCCGCCUUCGCGCUCGGCGUCGUCGUCACUCACAAGUUACUGUCGGCAAAGCAUGUCUAAGCACAUCGAUCAUGUCAGAUCAUGGAACAGUUGAAGCCUAGUCAUCGUGGUGCGUCUACGCGUAAGUGUAAGAGAAGCUAGAGUACCACAAUCUAUAGCUGCGACGGCGCAUGAACAUUUUACUGAAUAAUUGUGUCUGAGAUGCAAUUGGUUCACAACUUCACAUGGAUCAGCCGUGUCAUUGCAGUACUCAUGUGCUCAAUGAUGGCCUGUUUUAUAUCGCCAUUGUUUUUUUUC